AUGAAAUAUGAAAUUGCUUUCCAAAAAAACAUCAAAAUUUUCCAAAUGAGUGUCAGGAGCGCUAGAUCCCUCCGGCGAUUCUGUUCGCAGCUGGGUGCCCUACGCUGGAACAGUAUGCAGACCCUAAAAUAUGACCACAGCUCGGGGACCUUGGAGGAAGUGAAGAAGAUAAUACGGGAGCAAGUUGGAGUUGAGCCGGGCUACUACACCAUUCCAAAGAGUAGAGAGGGUUUGCUGCAAUACCAUCCCAAACCGGAAGAAUUGCCGGAACGCUCCAUGAAGGAUUCUUUCACGUCAGCAACUCUACUCUUAGGAUCCGAUCCACUGGUUCGCGAACGCUUUGUCCAGGUUACGGGAUAUGUGAGGAUUGGCAGGAUUAUGGAGGAACUGGAUAUAUUUGCUGUGUGGAUCUGUCAUCGUCAUGUUCUCUUGCCCAAUUUGCCAAAGGGUAUUCCUCUGCCGUAUACGUUCGUGACCCUUUUGGUGGAUCAGGCCAAGUUCCUACCGGAUAAAUUCGACACGGAUACGGAUGUGGAGAUGUCUGGUUAUGUGUCGUAUACUGGUCACAGCUCAAUGGAGGUUACUAUGUAUGUGCGGCAAUGUGGGAAGCUUCUGUCGACGGCUAUUUUCCUCAUAGUGGCCCGCAACGCCGUCAAUAGUGGUCCGGCUCCAGUUAAUAAGCUGGUCCCUGGUAACGAGAAGGAGAAGGAAAUCUACAAGGAGGCCCUAAAACGGCACAAAAAGCGUCAAAAGAAGCGGGAUAAACCAGAAUCGAAGGUGCCCCCCACGAAAGAGGAGGUGAAAAUCCUCUUUGAUAUUUUCCAGCGCACGAGGAGCAGCCAGGGAGACAUGGAGGAGUCGUGUCUCCCGAAGAACACCCGCUGGAUGUCUGAUACGCGGCGUGAUUGCACUAUUCAUCCAUUUCCCGAGAACCGAAACAACUCGAACACCAUCUUUGGCGGCUUCACCAUUCGCCGGGCCCUGGAGACUAGUUUCAUUGCGACCAGUCUCUACUGCGGCGCACCCGCUAUGGUUAGCUUCUUGUCGGACAUCACGUUCGAACGCCCGAUACCCGUCCACAGUUUCAUGACAAUGUCCGCUUAUGUCGUCUAUACCCACGAGAACUAUCUCCAGACAAUGGUCAUGGUGAGUGCCAUCGAUGCCGGGAGCCACCAGAGGAUCCACUGCAACGCCUUGCACGUCACCUAUAUUUUUGACAAAAAACUUGAUGAGGUGAUGCCUAAGACCUACCACGAGGGCUUGUGGCACCUGAGAGGACGUCGUCAAUUUCAGCGCUUCAUCAAAUCAGCGAAACUGGAGGAUUAUGACGGCGGGUCUCCCUCCUCCAAAGACAAUCCUGACACGGAAACGUCCGAGUGUGAUGAAAAAAAAUAAAAUUUAUAAACUUGUAAUAAAUAUAAAGUGGACAGUCUCAAAAUCAAUUGCCGUAUAAUCAGAAA